UAGAUAGGAGUCGGGGACUGCGCAGGCGCAAUAGCUUAGGGAGCGCUUCCGGGAAAGCCCUAUGGAAAUUUUUUUGGUGUAAGUGGGGACGGUGGCCGGGAGGUCGCUGCGCACCCUCCGCGUUCGGGCUCGGGGCGCCAUGCGCUACAACGAGAAGGAACUGCAGGCGUUGUCCCGGCAGCCGGCCGACUUAGCGGCCGAACUUGGCAUGCGGGGCCCCAAGAAGGGCAGCGCGGUGAAGCGGAGGCUGGUGAAACUGGUGGUCAAUUUCCUCUUCUACUUCCGGACUGACGAGGCCGAGCCCGUCGGAGCCCUGCUGCUGGAGCACUGCAGAGUCACCCAUGAAGAACCCACCGGCUUCUCUAUCAGCUUCAUCGAGGAUCCGGAGAGGAAGUAUCACUUUGAGUGCUGCAGUGAGGAGCAGUGUCAGGAGUGGAUGGGGGCUCUGCGUCGAGCCAGCUAUGAGUUCAUGCGCAGGAGCGUCAUCUUCUACAGGAAUGAAAUCCAGAAGAUGACUGGCAAGGACCCCCUGGAACAGUUCGGCAUAUCGGAGGAGGCCCGGUUCCAGCUCAGUGGCUUGAAGGCAUGAGUCUAGGGUUGGGCUUGGGCUCCUCACCUUGACUCACUGGGACCUGAAAGAGCCCUCCCCAUCCUUGCCAGGCUCUGGGUUUCCUGGCCAAACCUGGAUUUUCAAAGUGAGGUGUUUUGGCAUAAAGACUUCAGUAACUCAAGGCUCAUGAGGGUGGGCAGAGGCUGUGCCUUGGGACCCAUCAGAUUAGUCCAGCACCUCUCAGUGCCACAUGCUGCUGCUAGGAGACGAGUGUCUACUCCCAGGAACUGUGCCUGGCUUCUGGGGCUCGUCCAUCUAGGGCCCGGUGGGUGCUGGAGGCCGGCGCAGCUCUCUUGCCCUGUGCAGGCUGAAUGUAUGAAGCUCGAUAAAGCUGUGAAGGGCGCGGGGGCCGCGCUUCCUGGACUGCUGUGAAUUCUGCUGAGUGCCAGGACCCAGCCAACACCUUUGGACAGAGCUGGAAGCUUCUGCUCUCGAGCUGGCAUGCUUGUUCUGUUCAAAUAAAGGUACCUCUUUUCCA